AUGUCCCAACUCCCCCCAAACCUCGACCUCCUCUCCCUCCCCUCCUCCGCCGCCCUCUUCUCCUCCGACCCAACCCUGCACCACUCCCCGCAUCCCACGCCCAAUCCCAAUUCCACUCCCAAAUCCACCCCCAAUCCCUCCGACCACCCUCCCAAAAGCACCAGUAAAUCCCCCAUCCCCAACUACACCCUCCCCCAAAUCCGGCUCAUCCACACCGCCCUCCUCUCCCACUCCGCCUCCGCCGAUUCCCGUCUCCGCACCCGCGUCGGCGGGGCCUAUCGCGAAUUGCUGGGUACAGCAGACACCAUCGUCUCCAUGCGACGCGAAGCAGAAGGACUAGUGGUUGCGCUGGGCGGGAUGGGGGCACGCUGUGGGAGUGGGGUUGUGAGGGGGAAGGUGGGGAGUUUGAGGGGGUUUGUUAAGGGGGAUGGUGGGGGGGGAGAGAGUAGAGGCGAUAGACUGGUGCUGGCGGCGAGGUUGUAUGUUUUGGGGAGGUUGUUGGUUAAGAGUUUGGCUGAUACCAGCGGCACAAACACAAGCGAGAAGGACAGCAACAACAGCAGCAGCAGGGUGGACACGGCGAGGAAAGCCCUCGAGGGCGUGCACCGCGCACGACUGGCCCGGAGUAUCGACGCCGUGCUGCGCAGCGGCAGCGACAAGGCCAUGAAGCGCGGGGAUGUGCUCCGUGCGCUGGAGGCGUACAGUCUAGCGACAAGCUCGGGCGCGAGAGACGUGUUGGCGCAUUUGCUAAGGGUGCGGGCUAAGGCGAUUUCGGAUGCGCUUGAGUUGGAACAGGAGGAGGAGUCUGAUGAUGAAGACACCAAAACACCGACAAAAACAGCAACACACCCCCGCAACCCAGACGACGUCCUCCGCGCCCUGGGCCUAUACACCAAGACCCUCCUCGACGUGCAAACCCUCGUCCCCUCCCGGCUCGCCGACGCCCUACUCGCGCUCAAACAGACCCGGCUGCUGGACGACGCAGCACUGCGGCAAAUGGAAGGUCUGCGACUGGACAUCUACCAGCGAUGGUGCGGCGACGCAAUCCAGUUCUUCACGCCCUUCCUGCGACACGACGACCUCUCGGGCGAGCAGGCACGCGCCAUGUUGUUCGGCUGGGCCAAGGGCAGCGAAGUGGUGCUGCAGGGGCUGGAAAAGACGCUGGCGAGCGGUGGUGCGAUGGCUGAGUUUGCGGGGCUGGUUGACUUGCGCACGCGUGUGUUAAGGUUGUGGAUUGCUGAGGGGGGCCGUGUGCACGGGGUUGAUUCGUCUGAGAUGUUGGACCGGCUGCGGGAUGCGUUUAAUAAACAUAUGCGCCGGGUGCUGGAGGCCAAGGUGGCUAAGUUGCGUCUUGUCGGCUCUGAAGUGGCUGCUGCGCUGGACGCGGGGGUUACCGAUCGCCAUCGUGCCCUGUGGGAUGUCUCUUCUCUUGACACGGAUUUAUCUCAGACCGUAAACACAACUGGAACCGGUUCCAGCUCCGGCUCAGGUUCAGCGGCAGCGCUAUUCACACAAGACGUCAUUGCCCGUCUCCACGGCCGCAGCGACGCCGCAUCCAAAGCCAUCGCCCGGUACCGCGCCUGGUUCCACGUCAUCGACGACGUCAGCCGCGUAGUCGAGCAGCUGCGCCGACAACGCUGGGACGAUGCCGAUGCCGACGGCGACGAGAUCGAAGACGAGACGACCAUCGAGGCACGCCAGCGCUUACUCUCGCGCGACGAUCCCCAGGCGCUGAGCGCGUAUUUGGAUCGGCUAUUGCGGGAUGCGUUUAAGCGAUUGGACGAGCAGUUGACCGCGUUGUGGCGGGCGCAUGCUGCUACUGGGGACGACGACAAUAGCAAAACCAGGAAGAACGGCCCCAUCGCCAUGUACCUCCUCCGCAUCCUGCGCGACAUCCGCGCUCGCCUGCCCGACUUCGAUUCCAACUCCUCCUCCACCUCCCCCUCUUCCUCCUCCCCUCCCACCUUCGGCCUAACCGCCGUGCCCUCCCUCCACGCCGCCCUCGCCGACACCGUCCUCGACAAACCCCUCACCGAAUUCAUCCAUGUCGCCCUAGCACGAACAACAGUCGUCGGGCGCGCGCUCUGGGAGGCGCCACACACGAAAACGGGAACGGGAACGGGAAGUGAAGGAGAGAAAGGGGAGAACCAAAAGACAAGGGAACUGCCGACGUCGCCUUCGCCGGGGGUGUUUCGGUUUUUGAGGGACUUGGUGAGGGAGAUGGGGGAUGCGGGGGGGGAUUUGUGGAGUCCGAGUGCGGUGGGGGUGUUGAGGGGACGGUUGGGGGGGAGGGUGGCGGGGGGGUGGAUGGGGGUUUUGGGGGAACUCAAUGAGAAGGAGAAAGAGAGGAAUAACACCCCUUCCACAGAAAAGACAGAAAAGGAGACCAAAGACGCGGAACCGGAGACCAAAACCCAAACCCAAAAACAAAACCAAGACCUGCUGGUACAAUGGCUGCUAGACAUCCACUACCUCCGCCUCUUCCUCGGCCCCGAAGAGACCACCCAGAACCUCGAGCAGGCUGUCUUCCAAGCGUCUCAGCUCGAUGCCGCGUCUCGAACAAGGCUGGCCAAGGCUGCGCGGGACUAUUUCAAGCGGACUAGUUUGUUGUUUGCGUUGCUUGUUUAA